CAUUUCACUCUAGGGAAUCUCACCCCUUACUCUGCUGUCUGUUGUGUGGUCAGCCCAUUCAGGCCAUGUUGGUUUAGAAUUAGCCCUGGUUGGCAAGCCGAAACCUCACUUAGAACACCCUGUGCAGGGUGGCUGGCACCCACUAUGGCUGCCUCAGUUGGGAACUUCCCAUCCAGGAGCUGCCAUCUCCUUGGCACAGGUGGUUCUUCCUGUGUGAGCCUCAUGUGGCAGCCGCAGCCACUCGUGCCCCCAGAUCGUGCUGCACCUCUUUGGGCUCUGAGUAUUGGCCAACUCUGCUAACCCUCCAAGAUCCCAGGUGAUGCAGAGAUGGCCCCUCCAGGGAGGGCCCAGUUCUUGGGGGCAGUGGACAUGCAAGGGAAGAACUUAAAAGGCUCUGGGAUUCCUAAUUCUCUGGCAAGCAUAAGGCAUGGCUGGUGCGGCAGGAGAUGGAGGCCUUGGACGUCUACCUGUGUUUGCUGGGUGCAGAGCUUGGCUAUUCCUACUGCUGAUUUUGGACAUGUGCCACUCCUUGGCCUUGUGUAUUCACUUGAUUUAUUUUAAAAAGUGCAAAAAAAAUUUUUGUAAAUCCACAGCCAAACCAAGCAGGGGGCCCUGGGGACAGUUACCCUCCCACUGUCCUUAUGACUAGCCUUUGAAUCCUGGACCUGGGUUCCACACCCUUUUUCAGAGAAAGCAUGAACUGUGAAUGUAUAUUCCUAUAAUGUACAUUUUUUUUCAGAUUUUCUUUGUUGUGUGUAAUCUUAAGGACAUUCCCCCUUCUCCCCAGUACCAGGGAUGGCUAGUCUUUUUAAUUUUGAGAUAGACUCAGACUAAAUUGGCCAGGCUAUGCUUAUUUUGUGAUCUUCCUGCCUCAGCCUCCUAAGUAGCUGAGUUCAUAAGUGGGGUAUUUUCAGAUUAGUGCCAACGUGGAGAAGAGCAGCCUGUGCUGCAUCCCGCCUCCUGGUGUGUUAUGACUGUCCCACUGGGCCUUCCUCUGUGCUGUCUCAGGCUUGUGGGUCCCUCUGCAUGGACAGGUCAUGCUGAGCCUAGGUCUCCACCCCAAGGCACAAUUGCUAGCUACCCACAGGGGCUCUGUGCUUGCAGGAGGAAGCCAGGAACUUGGCAGGGGUGGGGCCAAGAGAGCCAAACUAGUGCUGAGGUGAUGUGGUAGAGUCACACCUGCUGUCCUGGCCUGGGGCUCUUGGGCAUCAACUGCACUGGCUAACCUUACAUACCAGGGCUUGUGUGCCUCCCCAGGGAGCUGGCCAGCCACACGUCACUGGUGAGAAGAGGCUGAGCAGACUGGAUCGAAGGCCCUAGGUGUCAGACACCAACCCUGUCCCAGGUGUCUCCUUGGUGAGGUGAGAAGGAACCAGCCCUCUUGGCCAUGGGAGGUGCUGUGGUGGAUGAGGGCCCCACAGGCAUCAAGGCCCCGGAUGGCGGCUGGGGCUGGGCUGUGCUGUUUGGCUGCUUUGUUAUCACCGGCUUCUCCUACGCCUUCCCCAAGGCCGUCAGUGUCUUCUUCAAGGAGCUCAUUCGGGAGUUUGGGGUCGGAUACAGCGACACGGCCUGGAUCUCCUCCAUCUUGUUGGCCAUGCUUUAUGGCACAGGCCCGCUCUGUAGUGUGUGUGUGAACCGCUUUGGCUGCCGGCCCGUCAUGCUUGUGGGUGGCCUCUUCGCGUCCCUGGGCAUGGUGGCUGCAUCCUUCUGCACAAGCAUUAUUCAGCUCUACUUCACGGCAGGGGUCAUUACAGGCCUGGGUCUGGCCCUCAACUUCCAGCCCUCCCUCAUCAUGCUCAACCGAUACUUCAGUAAGCGGCGCCCCAUUGCCAAUGGGCUGGCCGCAGCCGGCAGCCCAGUGUUCCUGUGCGCGCUGUCCCCGCUGGGGCAGGUGCUGCAGGACCACUAUGGGUGGCGGGGUGGCUUCCUUAUCCUGGCCGGCCUGCUGCUCAACUGCUGCGUGUGUGCCGCACUCAUGAGGCCAUUGGCGCCCAAGGUGGAUGGGGGGCCUGGGCCCCAGAAGUCCCGGAGGCUGCUGGAUCUGAGUGUCUUCCAGGACCGAGGCUUUAUCAUCUAUGCUGUUGCUGCCUCCAUCAUGGUGUUGGGGCUCUUUGUGCCACCCGUAUUUGUGGUGAGCUAUGCCAAGGACCUGGGUGUACCUGACACAAAGGCUGCUUUCCUGCUUACCAUCCUCGGCUUCAUCGACAUCUUUGCCCGGCCAACUGCUGGCUUCAUCACAGGGCUCAAGAAGGUGCGGCCCUACUCAGUCUACCUUUUCAGCUUCGCCAUGUUCUUCAACGGCUUCACUGACCUGACAGGCUCCACGGCCAGCAACUAUGGGGGCCUGGUAGUCUUCUGCAUCUUCUUUGGCAUCUCCUAUGGCAUGGUGGGUGCCCUGCAGUUUGAGGUGCUCAUGGCCAUUGUGGGUACCCACAAGUUUUCCAGCGCCAUCGGCCUGGUGCUGCUGAUGGAGGCCAUAGCCGUGCUCAUUGGACCUCCAUCAGGUGGCAAGCUGCUGGAUGCGACCCACGUCUACCAGUACGUGUUCAUCCUGGCGGGUGCUGAGGUGGUCACCUCUUCCCUUGUGCUGCUGCUAGGCAACUUCUGCAUCAGGAGCAGAUCCAAGGCAUCGGAGCCCGACGCAGCAGCCUCAGCCUUGGAGGGGGAGAAACUCCACAAGCCCCCCGUGGAUGUGAGCGUGGACUCAAGGGAGGUUGAGCACUUCCUGAAGGCAGAGCCUGAGAAAAACGGGGAGGUGGUUCACACUCCGGAAACCAGUGUAUGAGCAGCCUGGCUGGGGCUGGCAGGGGACAGGCAGGAGGUACAGAGACUGGCAACAUGUAUUUAUUUCACAAACAGGACUAGCCCAGGCGGGGCUGUCAGCUCUGUGCUGGGGUGCUGGCUGCCUGGUCCCUGGGUCACCUACUGAUGUUUGUCAGGGGAGGCCAUGAAGGGGGGAUCAUGUCAUUCCAAAGCAGAUCUGCAGUGAAGCCAGGCCCCACAAUUAUAAGUCGCCUGUGCCAGGGAUCCAGCCUGCAGACCCCAAGCAGCCUGUGCCCCCCACUGUAGUCAAGGACCUAGAAACCCAGACUUCUGAGACAACACCACUUUAAUCAUAGGCCAGGGCUGCUGGCAUGGGCCUGACCCCACUGUUCCUGCCCCCUUCUCCUGCAGAGCCCACGCCUCUGCCCACCUGGGAAGGUGCAAAGGAAGCCUGUGUGUGGUGGAGCCUUGGAGGGACUUGCUGGUGCAGUUCUAUGCUGCCGUCUGUUCACCCCAAGUCUCAAUUCCGUCAGGAAAUAACCUGGUUAUUCUUACAAAUGGUCCUGUCCUUGUCCGCUUUCCUGGUGCUCUGUGCUCAAGGUGUUUCAGCCCAGCCUUGGCAGCAGUGGGUGGGGCUGCUUGGCAAUGAGUGUUCACAGGGCACAGAGAAAAGGGCUGGCAGGGGUGAGGCACUAUGUGUAACUGAGGCUCCAGGAGGUGGUUUUGCACCUCCUGACUGGUCCCUAGACCUAUGGGAGCCCUAGUGGUAAAGGCACUGACCUGAGAUACAGCAUAUGUGCUCUGUUUACUGCAUGUGGGCUGAAAACACAUUUUCCUGCCUUUCAUUUAUUCACCUCUCGGAUGGGCUGGUCGCUUUGCUCUGUGUGGUCAGCAUCCGCUGAUCUCUGCUGCCCGUUCUCCAUCCAGCCUGCAUUCAGAGCUCUGGCUGGCCUUGGGUGCUUCACACCCAUCUGCCCUCAUGGCCAGCAGUGGCCUGCAUGGCUGGGAGCCUGGUCAGAGGGUGCUGGGGCGCCUCAGUAGGUGGUACGUCGUGGGCGCUGGGGACGGCAGUGGGCACCCUGGCGGGCCAUGUGCAACCGGAAAGAUGCCACAUCCCUGCUCCUCUGCAAUAAAAAGGAGGCGAGAGCUCA